AUGUCCUCCAUAUGCGAAUUAGCUGAAAAGGACUUGGAUGUCAACUACAAUGAUGUUAAAAUCAACUUAUUCCAGGCAUUUAAUUUCCUUGUUUGGGCAAAUAAGGAAUUGGUUGCUCCAAGAGCUAAUACAUUGGUUAAUUUGGCAAUGGAGAUGAUAAAGAAUGAAGAAAUCAACGAAACAACUAAAUUCGACCCUGCAGUUCUUUGGGCAUCACUCAUAGAAUUGUACGAAUUAUCUCCUUCGAUGGAGGAGUUGGAAGCUGUCAUAAAUGUCCUUCCUGGAUGUGCCCACGACUACCAACUUAAAUAUUCUGCUCAUUUCGCCUCUUUCCUCAUGCAGAAGUAUCCUAACGCUAUUCAGGGUGAGCCAAUAGUAAGAUUCGCUACAACAAUCAUCGGUUCCGAUGAUGCUUUGUUCGAAUACAUCGAUCCGAACGACAUCGUCCUUUUGGCUCAGGCAAUUAACAGCGCAGACCCAGAACUUGUCAAGACUAUUGCUAAUAAUAAUGAAUCACAACUUCAAUACAUUAAAGAACACAUGGAAAUUAUCGCAAAUUUCCAACAGUAA